AUGGCGAGCGAAGACAAGCAAGGUGUUGAACGAACAGGUGGUGAUGGAAGAGGAGGAGGAAAAGAAGGAAAUGCUGCUGAAGGGGGAAGCGUGCUGCAGCCUUUGAAUCCGGGAGUCCCCAUCCGAGGUAUCAAGAUGAAGUUUGCUGUGCUGACAGGACUGGUGGAAGUUGGCGAAGUAUCCAACAGAGACAUAGUUGAUACUGUGUUUAAUCUGCUUGUUGGGGGCCAGUUUGACUUGGAAAUUAACUUUAUUAUCCAAGAAGGAGAGGGCAUCACCUGCAUGGUGGACUUGCUGGACAAGUGUGAUGUCACCUGCCAGGCUGAGGUGUGGAGCAUGUUUACAGCAAUCCUCAAGAAAAGUAUACGCAAUCUGCAAGCAUGCACAGAGGUGGGACUUGUUGAACAAGUGCUCAAGAGGAUUGAUAAAGCUGACAACAUGAUUGCAGAUCUCUUGGUGGAUAUGCUGGGUGUGUUGGCUAGCUAUAACUUGACCGUUCGAGAGCUAAAGUUAUUCUUCAGCAAACUUCAAGGAGAAAAAGGGAGAUGGCCACCACAUGCUGGGAAGUUAUUAUCUGUGUUAAAACACAUGCCUCAGAAGUAUGGACCUGAUGCCUUCUUCAACUUUCCAGGAAAAAGUGCUGCAGCUAUUGCCUUACCUCCUAUAGCCAAGUGGCCGUACCAGAAUGGGUUUACUUUCCACACUUGGCUAAGAAUGGAUCCUGUAAAUAAUAUCAAUGUUGAUAAGGAUAAGCCUUACUUAUAUUGUUUUCGGACAAACAAAGGACUUGGUUAUUCUGCUCACUUUGUUGGAAGCUGCUUGAUUGUAACAUCCAUAAAAUCAAAGGGAAAAGGUUUCCAGCACUGUGUAAAAUUUGAUUUCAAGCCACAAAAGUGGUAUAUGGUUACUAUAGUGCACAUCUAUAACCGCUGGAAGAACAGUGAACUUCGAUGUUACGUGAAUGGGGAACUGGCAUCUUAUGGAGAAAUAACGUGGUUUGUCAACACCAGUGAUACAUUUGACAAAUGUUUCCUGGGUUCUUCAGAAACAGCAGAUGCCAAUCGUGUGUUUUGUGGACAGAUGACGUCUGUUUACCUGUUUAGUGAGGCUCUCAACGCUGCUCAGAUCUUUGCCAUUUAUCAGCUUGGUCUGGGAUAUAAGGGAACCUUCAAAUUCAAAGCAGAAAGUGAUCUCUUCCUCGCCGAACAUCACAAAUUGUUGCUAUAUGAUGGCAAACUAUCCAGUGCUAUUGCUUUUAUGUACAAUCCAAGGGCUACAGAUGCACAGCUGUGUCUAGAGUCAUCUCCUAAGGAUAACCCUUCCAUUUUUGUUCAUUCACCACAUGCCCUCAUGCUGCAGGAUGUGAAAGCAGUCUUAACACAUUCUAUCCAAAGUGCCCUGCACUCCAUUGGAGGGGUGCAGGUACUUUUUCCUCUCUUUGCACAGUUGGACUAUAGGCAAUAUUCAUCAGACCACAUUGACACAACUGUUUGUUCUACUUUAUUGGCUUUCAUCAUGGAGUUGUUGAAGAACUCCAUUGCUAUGCAAGAACAGAUGCUUUCCUGUAAGGGCUUCCUUGUGAUAGGAUAUAGCCUAGAAAAGUCUUCCAAAGCCCACGUUACCCGAGCUGUGCUAGAGCUUUGCCUUGCCUUUUCAAAAUACCUGAGCAACUUGCACAGUGGGGUGCCCUUGCUGAAGCAGCUGUGUGAUCAUGUGCUCCUUAAUCCUGCAAUAUGGAUUCAUAUCCCAGCACAGGUUCAACUGAUCCUGUACACUUACCUGUCUACUGAAUUCAUUGGCACUGUUAACAUAUACGGUGCAAUCCGUCGGGUUGGGACGGUUCUUUUGGUCAUGCAUACCUUAAAGUAUUAUUACUGGGUAGUGAAUCCACAGGAUCGCAGUGGUAUAACUCCCAAGGGUGUAGAUGGGCCACGGCCUACUCAGAAAGAGAUUUUAUCUCUGCGAGCAUUCUUGUUGAUGUUUAUUAAACAGCUAGUGAUGAAGGACUAUGGAAUAAAAGAAGAUGAGUUGCAGGCUAUCCUCAAUUACCUGCUCACUAUACAUGAGGAUGACAAUCUAAUGGAUGUCUUGCAGUUGCUUGUUGCUCUGAUGUCAGAGCAUCCCAAUUCUAUGAUCCCUGCUUUUGAUCAGAGGAAUGGAUUACAGGUUAUCUACAAGCUUUUAGCAUCACAAAGUGAAGGCAUCAGAGUGCAAGCUCUAAAAGUGAUGGGAUAUUUCUUAAAGCAUCUUGCUCCAAAGAGAAAAGCUGAAGUCAUGCUUGGACACGGAUUGUUCUCUUUGUUGGCUGAAAGGCUGAUGCUUCAGACAAGCUUAAUCACCAUGACCACAUACAAUGUCCUGUUUGAGAUUCUGACUGAACAGAUUUGCACUCAAGUGGUACAUAAGCAACAUCCUGACCCAGAUUCAACAGUGAAGAUACAAAAUCCUCAGAUUUUGAAGGUUAUUGCAAUCCUGCUUCGUAAUUCUCCACAGUGUCCGGAAACUCUGGAGAUUCGGCGAGCCUUUCUCUCAGAUAUGAUUAAACUUUUUAAUAACAGCAGAGAAAAUAGGAGGAGUUUGUUGCAGUGCUCUGUCUGGCAGGAAUGGAUGCUUUCCCUUUGCUGUUUUAAUCCAAAGACUUCGGAGGAACAGAAGAUAACGGAGAUGGUGUAUACUAUAUUUCGAAUUUUGCUCUACCAUGCAAUCAAAUAUGAGUGGGGUGGCUGGCGUGUUUGGGUGGAUACACUGUCGAUCACACAUUCAAAGGUAACUUUUGAAAUGCACAAAGAAAGUCUUUCUCAAAUGUACAAAGAGUAUCAAGGGAAAGGAAGUGAAAGGAGUGGAAUAUGUUCUUCAGCUCCAAUUAGAACAAUCUCUGGAGUUAGCAAAGAAGCUGAAACCAAGGGAAAGCAACAACGUUUGGAGGUAAAAGAAGAUGCUGCUGCUCCUUCUGGCGUUAUUGAUGAGGAUAGGGAGUGCAGUACUGAAAAAGAAGAGACAAAUACCUCAUCAUGUGGUGACCAACAAAUUCAUUCAGUGUCUAAUCGUAAGGUGGAGUUAGAUGCGGAAGACAGGGAGACUACGCAGGAUUUAAAAGCAGCGCCUUGUGCAGAACUUUCUCCGGAACCAGAAGGAAUAGAGCCUAGUGUUUCAGAAAUCAGUACUGGAAUAGCUGAAGCAAUUGAAGAUUCACUGAGCAAAGCUGAUGAACUUGUGAAAGAAACAGGAGCUGUCACUGCUGCUUCUUUAGCAAUGCAAACUGCUUCGGAAAGAGAAACUCCUCCAAGUCCAGAAAGGCUGGAAAAAUCAGCAGUAGAGGUGGAAGAUGAAGAUGAUUUUGUUGAUUUGAAAGAGGAAAGUAGUAUGCCUUUACCUUCAGAAGAGUUUGCUGGAAAGAACAAGAAACAUAGCUCUGAUGAAAGCGAAGUGACAAAGGAGGAAAAAGCAAUAGCGAAGCAACCUGAACCUGUGCUUUUGAAAGCUGAAGAUACUGCAAGCGUGGAUGGGCAAAAACAAGAACUGACUUCUUCACCAGAAACAGUGAGUUCUGCAGUUCAGGAAGUAGUGACUCAACCUGAUUCGAAAGAGAAGAAGCUGAAGGAAGAAAAGGUUCUUUGUAGUGAAACCAAAACAGCUGAUGAAAAUGCAAAUGCACAUAUGCCAGAGCCUGCUGGAGCCUCUGACAAAAGAAUUGCCAAGCUUGAUGUUUCUAGUGUUGCAUCAGAUACAGAAAGACUGGAACUGAAAGCUCAUGCAUGUCUGGAGACAUCUUUGCCGCCCAGAUCCUUACCCGAGACCUCAAGGCAGCAAGAUUCUUCAGGACAAGAGCUGGCUGCUACAUCAGAUGGGCAGAGAAGAGACUCUAGGUCAACUGUGUUCCGUAUCCCUGAGUUUAAGUGGUCACUGAUGCAUCAGCGCUUGCUCACAGACUUACUCUUUUCCAUAGAAACAGAUAUACAGAUGUGGAGAAGCCAUUCUACAAAGACUGUGAUGGACUUUGUGAAUAGCAGUGACAACGUCGUAUUUGUGCACAACACAAUUCACCUCAUCUCUCAAGUGAUGGACAACAUGAUCAUGGCUUGUGGUGGUAUAUUGCCAUUGCUUUCUGCUGCCACAUCCGCUACUCAUGAAUUGGAGAACAUUGAGCCUACUCAAGGACUUUCGGUAGAAGCCUCUUUAACAUUUCUCCAGAGAUUAAUCAACCUUGUGGAUGUGCUAAUUUUUGCAAGCUCUCUUGGUUUCACUGAAAUUGAAUCUGAGAAAAAUAUGUCAUCUGGAGGAAUUCUGCGACAGUGUCUUCGUCUGGUAUGUGCAGUAGCUGUAAGAAAUUGCUUGGAGUGUCAGCAGCAUGCACAGAUGAAGUCUGUUGGAGACACUGUGAAGAACCCAAAACCAGUGCAGGGCUUUGUAGGAACAGGAAAGUCCGCAGCAAAGAGUCCAGUGGACAUUGUGACUGGUGGCAUUUCUCCAAUACGAGACCAUGACAGACUUCUGCAGGAUAUGGAUAUUAAUCGACUUCGAGCAGUAGUGUUCAGAGACAUAGAGGAUAGUAAACAGGCUCAGUUUUUGGCUUUGGCUGUUGUGUAUUUUAUUUCUGUGCUCAUGGUUUCGAAAUACAGAGAUAUAUUGGAACCCCAGAAUGAAAGACGACCACCAAACCAGAGCCAGUCAUUCAAGGAAUCAGAGAAUGAAAAUGAAACCCCUGCUACAGAUGCAGAAAACCCAUCUGCUGCUGUCGGUGCUUCAGCCUCCACUGAAGAAUUGGAAAGUACCACAUCUGUGCAAAGAAGGGAUUCUGGUCUUGGGGAGGAAUCAGCUUCAGGGCAAACAAACAGUUCCAGUAGUGUUGUUGAAGCAGGACCUCUUAAUGUCAGUGCAGGUCCAGAUGCAAUCAGUGAAGUACUAUGCACACUCUCACUAGAAGUAAAUAAAUCCCAGGAGGGCAGAAGUGAGACAGGAACUGAGGACAGUAAGCCUGCAGCUUCGGUGCCAGCUGCAAAAAAUGUCAACGUGAAGGACAUCCUGAGAAGCUUGGUAAGCACACCAGCUGAUGGGACUGCAGUGGAUGCUGCUCUUCUGCCACCAACCUUCCUUGGAGUUCUUGGCGACGGAGCUGCUGAGCACCCUGUACAGUUCCAUUCCUUUGACAGGAGUGUCGUUGUACCACCGAAGAAAUCAACCAUUUCCUCUUCUGCAGUUGCCGUGGGUACUCCUACAAAUGCUGUCAGUGUGGUUUCCUCUGCAGAGUCGGCCCAAGCCCCAGAUUUGUCAGGAGAAUCUCCUGGAAAGGGAUCAUCUAAUGCAAAAUUGCCAUCUGUCCCUACGGUUUCUUCAGUGCCUGAGGAUUCUGCUUCAAAUAUGAGUAUUACAGACAGGCUUGAACAUGCUUUGGAAAAAGCUGCCCCACUUCUGAGAGAGAUUUUUGUGGAUUUUGCUGCCUUUCUAUCUCGGACUCUUUUGGGCAGCCAUGGGCAGGAGUUGCUGAUAGAAGGUACAAGUCUUGUGUGCAUGAAAUCUAGCAGUUCAGUUGUGGAACUGGUGAUGCUCCUUUGCUCUCAGGAGUGGCAGAACUCUAUACAAAAGAAUGCUGGCCUUGCCUUUAUUGAGCUUGUCAAUGAAGGAAGGUAAGUCACAGUAUUUGAUAGCACCUCUGCCUUAGCCUUCAAGAAGUUGUGA